CCUUGCAUUGCCCUGGUCAGGCCUGAGAGUAAACAUUUGGGGAAGCGGGGUGUGCUGUGGGCGUAUGAUUGUAAUUUGAAACCAUUAUUCGUCGUCGUGGGGUCCGGGAAGACGGUUCCAGGUGGACCGGAGGCUGUGUAAAUCGCGUGGUCUGGCCGAAGUCUCCCUCAGCCUCGAACCGGCGGCGCGGCCAUGGCGAAUCCAGCCGAGCGGCGGCUGCAGAAGGAGCUGAUGAACCUGACCACUGAGCCGCCGCCGGGCGUCACCGUUAACCCAGAGGAGAUCGGUGACAACCUCUCGGACUGGACGGUGACCGUGGCCGGCCCGGCGUCCUCGCUGUACGAGGGCGAGACGUACCGCCUCAACUUCCGCUUCAGCCAAAAGUACCCGUUCGAUUCGCCAGAGGUGGUAUUCCUGCGCCCCAAUAUCCCCGUACAUCCGCACAUCUACAGUAACGGCCACAUCUGCCUUUCGAUCCUGACCGAGGACUGGUCGCCGGCGCUCUCCGUCGCCUCCGUCUGCCUCUCCAUCACGUCCAUGCUCUCUAGCUGCAAGGACAAGAAGCGGCCGCCAGACGAUGCCUUCUACGUGAAAACGUGCAACAAAAACCCCAAAAAGACCCGAUGGUGGUAUCAUGAUGACACAGUGUGAUGCUAAGCGGGCCUAGUGUCGCGGUCGCUUGUCUGUGAUGGUGGCGCCUCACCGCGGAGGACGAG